AUGUGUAUGUUCCUUGCCAAAUGUUUUUCUACUUUUCCUGGGCUGUGUUGGCUUGCCCUUACAAUGUAUCAAGUGGAUCAUCCAAGUUAUGACGAUAGAUUGAGAUACUUCAGUAUAGUGUUCGAGUCAUUGCUCUCUUUCCAAACCGAGGAAUCAAGAAACAAGUCAAAGAAACAGAAGUCUGCUAUUGAUCUUCCCAAAGCCCCGAAAGAAGUGGAGGGCCCUAAGGUUUCUGAGCUAAAGGCUAAGGCAGAAGCUGAGCAGCAUGCUGUUCGUCGAAUGAGGAUGUGUCUCCGAGAUAUCUGUAACCGAUUAAGUGCAAGACUUCGCAAUGUACAGCCAAAAGUAAACGUGUCACAAAGUUAUGAAGUGCUAAAGCGGCAAAAGAAAAGUGCUGAAAAUGAGCACAGCAUGACCAAAGAUGUGGUAGCUAGAGAUGGAAAGUCUCCGGAAGAUGUAGAUUUGUCAAAACCAACUGACCCAGAAGAAGCUGCAAAAGAACCAGAGUCGUCAUCGGCGCCGGGGACGGGCGCCGGUGGCGCCAGAGCCUGGCGCGCAGGCGCGGCAUUGCGGGCGGGGUGGCGUGCGGGGCGGUGA